ACUGGGAAAAAGUGGAUAAUACUGCCCUUUUGGUCAAAACCAUAAUGUGACCAAUUAUGCUCUAUCCCUUUUCUUUUUAUCCCGUCUUCUCUGGUUUGCCUUUAUACAAGCAAACAUCAGAUGCAUUUUUAAAACAGAAUUCAGAGUUCCUAAAUUUAGCAAGAGCUCAAGUACCGUAAUGAUUGUGGUAAAUGACCUUGUUGUUAAAACUUACAUAUCUAGCUGGAUAUUUUGUUCAGAGUAUUGGAAUUGUGACAUACGGUUCCAUCAUUUCUUUAAAUAUAGGCAACCCCUUCCCUCUUCGGUUAAGUACUGGUUUCAUAAUAAUACUGUUUUAAGAUCAGUGUUUUUGGAAUUCAGUGGUUCUGAGUAGUUUUGAGAUAUUGAGAUCUGAAAUUUUAUGGUUGUAGACAUGCAUUAGGGAGCCAAAUGUGCUACUGCUUGUUUAAGCAAUGCUGAUUUGAUUUCCAUAAAUCAGUAUCAGUCUCUGUUGGUGCUGUUGCCAGUUGCUGCCAGAAGCCAAGUCAUGAAUAGAUUCCCCACUGGUUUGCCUGGGUAACACAAUGCCAGCUGAGCGCAAAAAGCCAGCAAAUAUGGAAGAAAAAGAAUCUCAGUUAAAUAACAAAGAAAAAGAAUUUGGUGAAAGGCGACCAGUGAGCACCAGGGAGAAGCCAAAAGAAGAUGUGAAGGUUGGCAUGAAGAGGGAGACCUUAAAAAUUCCUGAAGAUAAAAAGAAAAAAAUGGAAGAGGAUAAAAGAAAGAAGGAAGACAAGGAGCGGAAGAAGAAAGAAGAGGAUAAAGUAAAGGCAGAAGAGGAGCAAAAGAAGAAAGAAGAAGAAGAAAAAAAGAAACUUGAAGAAGAGGAGAAAAAGAAACAAGAGGAGGAAGAGAAAAAGAAACAAGAAGAAGAAGCUGCUCAGCUGAAGGAGAAAGAGGAAGCACAUCAGCUCCAUCAGGAGGCUUGGGAGCGCCAUCAGGCAAGAAAAGAGCUCCGCAGCAAAAACCAGAACGCACCGGAGAGUCGUCCGGAGGAAAACUUCUUCAGCAGACUGGACUCCAGUCUGAAGAAGAACACAGCUUUUGUUAAGAAGCUAAAAACCAUUACAGAGCAACAAAGGGACUCCUUGUCCCAUGACUUUAAUAGCUUGAAUUUAAGCAAAUACAUUGCAGAAGCAGUGGCUUCUAUUGUGGAGGCCAAACUGAAAAUAUCAGACGUGAACUGCGCUGUGCACUUGUGUUCCCUCUUUCACCAGCGAUAUGCUGAUUUUGCUCCUUCAUUACUUCAGGCUUGGAAAAAACAUUUUGAAGCAAGGAAAGAAGAGAAGACUCCCAACAUUACCAAGUUAAGAACUGAUUUGCGUUUCAUAGCAGAAUUGACAAUAGUUGGGAUUUUCACUGACAAGGAAGGUUUGUCUUUAAUCUAUGAGCAGCUUAAAAAUAUUAUUAACGCUGACCGAGAAUCUCACACUCACGUUUCUGUGGUUAUCAGCUUUUGUCGGCACUGUGGAGAUGACAUUGCUGGUUUGGUACCAAGGAAAGUAAAAACUGUUGCAGAGAAGUUUAACUUGAGCUUUCCUCCUAGUGAGAUAAUUAGCCCAGAGAAACAACAGCCCUUCCAGAAUUUGUUGAAGGAAUACUUUACAUCUUUGACCAAACACCUGAAAAGGGACCACAGGGAGCUACAAAAUAUUGAAAGACAAAACAGACGCAUUCUCCACUCCAAGGGAGAGCUGAGUGAAGAUCGACACAAGCAAUAUGAGGAAUUUGCAAUGUCAUAUCAGAAGCUGUUGGCAAAUUCUCAGUCUCUGGCUGAUCUUUUGGAUGAGAACAUGCCUGACCUUCCCCAAGAGAAACCAACCCCUGAGGAACAUGGACCUGGUAUUGAUAUUUUCACACCAGGAAAGCCUGGAGAAUAUGACCUGGAGGGGGGUAUCUGGGAAGAUGAAGAUGCUAGAAACUUCUAUGAGAAUCUCAUUGAUUUGAAGGCUUUUGUGCCAGCAAUUUUGUUUAAAGAUAAUGAAAAAUAUUCCCAGAACAAGGAUUCCAGCAAAGAUGAAUCAAGAGAUUCAAAAGAUGCCAAAGAUAAUAAGGAAGCAGCUGGGAAUGAGGAUCUGGAAUUGGAGCUGGAGAACCUGGAUAUUAAUGAUGAUGCGCUGGAGUUGGACUGUGGAGAUGAGGCAGAAGAUCUUACAAAGAAGCUUCUUGAUGAGCAAGAACAAGAGGAUGAAGAAGCCAGUACUGGAUCUCAUUUAAAACUCAUAGUGGAUGCUUUUCUUCAGCAGCUUCCAAAUUGUGUCAACAGAGACCUCAUAGACAAGGCAGCAAUGGAUUUUUGCAUGAAUAUGAAUACAAAAGCCAACAGAAGAAAACUGGUACGAGCACUUUUCAUAGUUCCUAGACAAAGAUUGGAUUUGCUACCAUUUUAUGCAAGACUGGUUGCCACAUUGCAUCCCUGUAUGUCUGAUGUAGCAGAGGAUCUCUGUUCCAUGCUGAAAGGGGAUUUCAGGUUCCAUGUAAGAAAAAAGGACCAGAUCAACAUUGAAACAAAGAAUAAAACUGUGAGAUUUAUUGGUGAGCUUACCAAGUUUAAGAUGUUCUCCAAAAAUGAUACUCUCCACUGUUUAAAGAUGCUUCUGUCAGACUUCUCUCAUCAUCAUAUUGAAAUGGCUUGUACCUUGCUGGAAACCUGUGGAAGAUUCCUCUUCAGAUCACCAGAAUCUCACUUAAGAACCAGUGUUCUUUUGGAACAAAUGAUGAGGAAAAAACAAGCAAUGCAUCUUGAUGCACGCUAUGUUACAAUGGUAGAAAAUGCCUAUUACUACUGUAAUCCCCCUCCAGCUGAAAAAACUGUGAAGAAAAAACGUCCUCCUUUGCAAGAAUAUAUCCGUAAGCUUCUUUACAAGGAUCUCUCCAAGGUCACCACAGAAAAGGUCCUGAGACAGAUGCGCAAGCUGCCUUGGCAGGAUGCAGAAGUUAAGGACUAUGUUAUAUGCUGUAUGAUCAACAUCUGGAAUGUGAAAUAUAAUAGUAUUCACUGUGUAGCCAACCUCUUAGCAGGGUUGGUCCUUUACCAGGAAGAUGUUGGAAUUCAUGUUGUGGAUGGAGUGCUAGAGGAUAUUCGACUAGGAAUGGAGGUUAAUCAACCAAAGUUCAACCAACGGCGGAUCAGCAGUGCCAAGUUUUUGGGGGAGCUUUACAACUAUCGAAUGGUGGAGUCAGCUGUAAUAUUUAGAACUCUGUAUUCCUUCACCUCAUUUGGUGUGAACCCUGAUGGCAGUCCUAGUCCACUGGACCCUCCAGAACAUCUGUUCAGAAUCAGACUCGUCUGUACUAUCCUCGAUACCUGUGGGCAGUAUUUUGACAGAGGAUCCAGCAAGCGAAAACUUGAUUGCUUCCUUGUAUAUUUUCAGCGCUAUGUGUGGUGGAAAAAAAGUCUGGAUGUUUGGACAAAGGACCACCCUUUUCCUAUAGACAUAGACUAUAUGAUCAGUGAUACACUGGAACUGCUGAGACCAAAGAUAAAGCUCUGCAAUUCUCUGGAAGAAGCUGUCAGACAGGUGCAAGACUUGGAACGAGAAUUCUUAAUAAAAUUGGGAAUUGUGAAUGACAAAGAUUCCAAGGAUUCCAUUACGGAAGGAGAGAAUCUGGAAGAGGAUGAAGAAGAGGAGGAAGGUGGAGCAGAGACAGAGGAACAAUCUGGAAAUGAAAGUGAAGUAAAUGAGCCAGAAGAAGAGGAGGGCUCUGACAAUGAGGAAGAAGAGGGUGAAGAAGAAGAGGAGGAAAACACCGAUUAUCUUACGGACUCCAAUAAGGAAAAUGAAACCGAUGAGGAGAAUACAGAGGUAAUGAUUAAAGGAGGAGGACUGAAGCAUGUCCCUUGUGCAGAGGAUGAGGACUUCAUUCAGGCCUUGGAUAAAAUGAUGCUGGAAAACCUUCAGCAACGGAGUGGUGAAUCUGUUAAAGUGCAUCAGCUGGAUGUUGCUAUUCCUCUGCAUCUCAAAAGUCAGCUGAAGAAGGGCCCCCCACUUGGAAGUGGGGAAGGAGAGUCAGAGUCUGGGGACACGAUGCCAUUUGUCAUGUUAACACGAAAAGGCAACAAACAGCAGUUUAAGAUUCUAAAUGUACCGAUGUCUUCCCAACUUGCUGCAAAUCAUUGGAACCAACAGCAAGCGGAACAGGAGGAGAGAAUGAGGAUGAAAAAGCUCACUUUGGAUAUCAAUGAACGGCAGGAACAAGAGGACUAUCAGGAAAUGUUACAGUCUCUGGCACAGCGUCCAGCUCCAGCAAAUACUAAUCGUGAGCGGCGGCCUCGUUACCAGCAUCCGAAGGGAGCACCUAAUGCAGAUCUAAUCUUUAAAACCGGUGGGAGGUUGCACUGCAGUCUCUGCCCAGACACCCUCGUGCUUUGUUGAAAAGUUACCCUGUGGAUUCUGAGGAUACUGGAGGAUCUUGCUGAGCAGAUGGGAACUGAGCUGUUAAUUUUCAUAUCUGUGUGGAGAAGGUUUCACGUUCCUACCUGGUAGAACCAGUGGUGUAACACAGAUGUUAUCACUUCCAUAAGGACACUCUGUUGUGUUGUUGCUGCUUCUUUGUACAUGAACACAACUGAAAUGGUAUUUUCUUGCAAAAUUACUCAAAAUUACUGGAAAUAAUAGUUUGCUGCUUUCUUUAAGGUAUACAACUUUUUAUUUUAAAAUUCUUGAGGUUAGGGAUAAUCUAAGUAAAUAAAUCUCCUGGUUGAUUCCACUGUAAUGUGCGAUGUGGCAGGUUCUGACAGCUGAGGUAGGAAUGAAGCCUUUCUUGCAUUUCAGGGAGUGUUGAGAGUAGAAAAAUUGAUUUGUUGUUUUUACCUCUGCUUUUGUGUUGGUAAACAUGCCCUGAGCAUUGUGUUUCAAACACCUGUUAGGAAGUUAAAUCCGAAUCUACCUGUUGUAACAGUUUGUUUCAGAAAUUAAUGAAGAUAACAUUGGAUUCUUCCAUAUGUUUUUGGCCUUGAACAACUGGAUCACAUUAAGCAAUUAGCCCUCUAUAUGUUUUUUAAAAAGACAAAUCUUCUGCAGUUUUUAUUUUAUUUCUCUGUUAAUGUCCUUCUGUGUUCUGUGCUAAAGUAAAUGCAGUGAGAUUUACAAGCUUUGCCAGAGUUCUUAUUAUUUAGUAUGUGCAAAAUGCCGAGUUUAUUCCUGUGUGUUUGGAAUUGCCUGUUUUUAUUGCCUCAGGUUUUGAGACCUGCUGAUCCUUUAAGGAGGAGAUUCUUUCUGGGACUCGUACAUUUAAGGCUGACUGGUCUUAAAGAUAAUUUACUGUGACUCCAUUAGAAGUAGGGUUCCUUGAUUUACUUCAGCAGAACUGGGAAGAAAACAAUUUUCUCUCUUGCCUCCAGUUCUGUAGCAUUUGUGUGUUAAGAGAGACCUUUGGCUCUCAGGCUAUUAAGCUACUACCUUCAGGAAACACAAAAUUUACUAAAGUAAAUUUUUUUGGUGAUGGGAUUAUCACAAAAAUAGACUUAUGAACAGUUUCUUAAAAUGUAAAGUGGUUUUCCUUUGUUUAAGACAAUUGACAUCCAUUAAAUGGCUUGGUUUUAAAAGUGAAAUGAAAAUAACCACAUUAUAUAAAAUCAUUUAAAAACAUUGAUUACCAAGAAAGUCAAAUUUCUCCCUGUAAUUCUUUUGUUGAGAAGCGGGGCCUUGCCAGUGAUUUUAUCUUGUUAAACCUCUCCUUAUAAAAGAAGUAGCCUCAAAAUUUAUUGCAGUUUUGAAAGUAGAGAUGGGCACUGCCUGUGUCCAAAGUUCCCCUGGGGAUGCAGGCAUGGACUGGCAAACCAAAUCAUACUCAAGUUAAAUGGUGAUCUCAGGUCUCCUGUUUACAUCUGACUCUUGUUUCUCUAUAACCUAUUUAAUAAAGAAAAAUAAAGCAUAACAGUAAUAACAGGAUGCUGGGAUUUUAUUAGCUAAAUAUGCUCAUCAUAAAGAAUAUUGCAUUAAUGCUGAAAAAUCAGAGUCUGGAUAAUGAGGAGAAAUGUAAAUUUAACAUGAUUUCCUGUUUCAGCUACUGGACCAACGCAAGUCAUACAUCACCUGUCAGGAAAUUGAUGCAUUGACAAUACUGCUCUAUGAAGCAGAAUUCACUUCUUACUUGAGAUGAGCCUUUCAAACACAGCUAAGAAAUUCCAAACCCCUUUUCAACUGUUUCAUGGGAGGGAAGCAAAGGGAGGAAUAUGGGAGAAGGGCUCCAAAUCCUGCAGCUGCUUCUGGUGAACUGCACUGGAGCUGAACAAAAAAGAAUAGAAAAGCCUCAGGUGCUUGCCUUGGCAGGAUGGUGCUUGUUGAGCUCUGCAAGCUGGAUCUGAGUCUAACCCAGACAGCAGAGUUGGAGACACCUGAUCACAGUUCAGUUUAGAGGGAAUGGAAGGCAAAAUUGUGUUUAUAAGCCAUCCACAGUUAAAAGGGAUUCUUCUUAUAGAAGAACACAGUAGACUGUGUUUGAAAAGGUUCUUUCAGUAUAAAUAAUAACAACUACCUACCAAAAA